UUUUCUCUUCCUUACUCUAACCCUCUCUUUUUUCUCUCGCUUUUUCUUUUCACUACCAUUCUUUUCUCCCUCCCCCUCUUCUAUCGCUAUCGUCUGUUUCUCUCCUCCCCACUGAGAGUACAGAUCAUGCUGAACGUUAGUACAGGUAUGAGUUGAUGUUCCAAGUCCUGACGAUUGCAGAUGCUAAAGAGAGCAGCUCACCUGUCGUGGCCGCUGUGGUCAGCUGUGUGGGGGCUCUGUGUGUAGUGGUUGCCGUUGUGGUGGGGUUCCUUUUGUUGCGAAGGAAACAACAGUCACAAGGUGUCAGGACAGAGGACAGCGCCAUCUGCUGCUCUGCUGCGGCCAACCCAGACGACAGGCAGAACUCGUUCCACGUCUAUGACAGACUGUCUCGGGAACACAGAAGAGCUGAUAAUGACAAGGAACCAGGGAACACACCUGACAAAAGGAGCAAGGAUGACGAAUACACCUACAUCGAUGAAGCCACGAUAAUCAAGAUGACUGGGAGACUGGAUGAAGACCACCAGCCGGCGACGACUGCCACUGAGCAACCAACAAACGCCAAUCCCGGCUCCGGUCUGCACCCUGACCUCUCACCCCUCUACAGACUGGCCGGGGCAGUCAACAACGGGUUUACUGACUCACAGCCUCCAGACUACUUCAUUCUGGAGACGGAUGAGAACAGGUGUGCUGAACCAACUCAGUACUUUAUUCUGGAGGAGAGGGAUGAGAAGAAGUCACCCGCGGACACAGACACCCAGCAGUACUUUACUCUGGAGGAGGGACAGGAAGGAGCGGGUAGAUGUCCCCCAGCGUCUGGCGCCGACUACUUCGAGCUGGAGAGGCACAGUGAUCGACAGUCCGACUGCGCAGGCGUGGCGAGACACGAGGAGUCCAGAGGACCGCCGGAGGAUGCCGAGUACUCCCGACUGGAGCCGAACGGCUUGGAGCACUCCGAGUACUCUCUCCUGACUCACCCUGCGCACCAAGCGUCUACCGUGGGUGACAACCCCUACUCCUUGGCCUCGGGUGUCGAGUAAUCAGUGGUAGGGGGAAGAUGACUCGGACUCGAACUGUUAUUCUGUGUGUGUGUGUGUGACUUUCAAGCCUCCAGAGUUUUACUUCAUCGUUGUGCUUUAUGUUCCAAAGGUUCAGCUGUAACUGUGUACAGACCUCUUACCCAUGUCGCAGACUGUGGAAGGAUAAUAUUUAUUAUAUAUAAUUAUUGUUUGUAAGUAACUGACGGUCGAUUUUCUUGCUCUGCUACUCGCCAUUUAACUCCAAGUGAUGGAUGACAACACUCGUGUUAUUUCUUUAUUCACGAUGUUUGCUGUGACAUGUUGCUGCUUACUGUACGAUACAAAGGGGCUGCCCGUGCUACCCGUAAUGUGAUAGACUGCUUACUGCUCUACCCUUAUUAAGCGGCGUUAUGACCGCGUGUCAUGAUUUCUGUUGUCCUCUGCAGCUGUAAAUAAAUAAAGAAAUCUUUGUGUGAUAAACAUGUGUACAUUGUCACCAAGCUUACCUGAUGCCUGAGUAGCGCGAGGGGUAGGGGGUGGGGUGGGAAAGAGGCCGGGUGGCCUGGUCAAUGAUGAUGAUGAUGAUGAUGAUUGAUUGAUUGAUGAUUGAUUGAUUGAUUGAUUGAUUAUUACUAUUUAACAAACUUGUUCAUUUUGUUUAAAGCGUGUAUUAUUUCCCACACUAAACAUUCAAAAUACCAAUAAAGAUUUU